AUGAUUGAAGUAUUAGCUAAUGACAGACUUGGUAAGAAAAUAAAAGUGAAAUGUCUUCCUGAAGAUUCCGUAGGCGAUCUCAAGAAAUUGAUUGCCCUUCAAACCGGUACUUCUUACGAAAAGAUUGUAUUGAAGAAAGGAUAUCAAGUAUAUAAAGAUCAUAUAACAUUGGAUGAUUAUGAGAUUCAUAAUGGAUUCAAUUUUGAAUUAUAUUACAAUUAA